AUGUCAUCCCCCACCUUGAAACAAGCAGACGAUGGAUUGGACUUUAUCUUCCUGGGCACUGGGACAUCCUCGAGCUUGCCCCAUAUCGAAUGCUUGACUGCGUUGCCAGGAGAGAAACCUUGUCGAACGUGUUUGUCUACCCUGACUCCGGAGGGGAAGAAGAACACUCGCAGAAAUACGAGCGGUGUAGUUCGAGUCAGGGGCAAGGAUGGUAAUAUCGUGACUAUCGUUAUAGAUGUCGGGAAAAACUUUCAGGCAGCUGCCUUAGAGUGGUUCCCCAAGCACGGGCUGCGCAAGAUAGAUGCUGUAUUAAUCACGCAUGCACACGCAGAUGCAAUGAAUGGACUAGAUGACCUUCGAGGCUGGACUUUAAAUUGUCAUAUACAACCGCACAUUGACGUAUAUGUUUCGGAGGCAACGUUCACGGAAAUCCACCGAUCGUUUCCGUAUCUGGUGAUGAAGGAAUUCGCUUCUGGCGGAGGUGAUGUUCCCGAGUUUAAAUGGCACAUCAUCCACGACAAAGUUCCCUUCGAAAUACAAGAAACGGGAAUAAGUGUUACGCCGUUUUCAGUACAUCACGGCCGCCAUUUCUCUUCCAGUCCCCCACCUUCAUAUCUUCCAACACCCAACUCAACCGUGCCGUCCAGCCCAUUCUCGACCGUUCCAUCGACCCCGACGGCGCUCUCGAGGUCGCUUCCUCUAACCUCGCAACGAUCAUCAGAGGCCGAGCCUUCGAAGGCUUCAUCUAGCAAAAUUCAUCCCUACCUCUGUUUUGGAUUCAAGAUACAGGAUGCGCUAGUAUAUCUUUCGGAUGUAUCACACAUUCCGGAGGAGGUUUUCCCUAUCAUCCAAAAAGGCAAAGGGGGUGCCCCUGUGCCGGUCUGCGUGCUCGAUUGCCUGCGGCUACAGGCGCAUACGUCGCACAUGGGGCUCGCAGAGUCGAUCGCGGCUGCUAGAAAGAUUGGAGCUUCCAGGACGUAUUUGACAGGGUUUGGGCACGAAGUCUCCCAUGAAGAAUACGUGACCAUCACAGAAUAUGUGGGUAUGGGAGAAACAGCGAGCAAGCGACCGCUUAGCGAUGUUGAGAAGGAGGGAAUUCAGUUGGUCCAAGGAGGACCGCAUGGAAUCUGGGUGAGGCCCGCCCAUGAUGGUCUGAAGGUGGUCGUUGCUGGAACUGGAAGUGUGGUCGAUACAAGCUAUUUUUAG